AUGACUGAAUAUAAGCUCGUCGUCGUCGGUGCUGGCGGCGUGGGCAAAAGUGCAUUGACAAUUCAACUUAUUCAAAAUCAUUUCAUUGAUGAAUAUGAUCCAACAAUUGAGGAUUCAUAUCGAAAGCAAGCUGUUGUUGAUGGUGAAACUUGUCUACUUGAUAUUCUGGAUACUGCUGGACAAGAGGAAUAUAGUGCCAUGCGUGAUCAGUAUAUGCGUGGUGGUGAAGGAUUUUUAUGCGUGUUUGCAGUUAACAGUGCGAAAUCUUUCGAAGAAAUAAAACAAUAUCGUGAACAGAUAAAACGUGUUAAAGAUGCUGAUGAUAUACCAAUGGUUUUGGUAGGAAAUAAAAUUGAUUUACCAACGCGUACUAUUGAUUUAUCAUGUGCAAAAGAUUUUGCUGCAUCCUUAUCAAUGCCAUUUGUUCAAACAUCAGCUAAAACACGACAAGGUGUAGAAGAUGCAUUCUAUACUCUCGUACGAGAAAUUCGAAAAUAUAAGGAACGUACACGCAAAGAUCGAAAAGGUCGUAAAAAUAAAAAUUCUAAUAGUGGAACAAAUAAUAAUGGAAAUAAAUCUUCAUCAAAAGAUGCUCGCAGUCAAAAUGUAAAACAACGUACGGGAAAACGAGGUUGUAUACUAAUGUAA